CAGUUUUGCUUCAUUCAUCCAUUCGAAUUGUAACGUUCGGUCGUGAAGUCGUCCUCGCCGUUCGCGCAGAUGUAGCAAAAAUUAAAAUUAUUGCCGAGUGUUUUCUGUUAUUAAAUAUGGCUAGCUGUGAAGGCAAUAAUCUGAGUGCGAUUCGUGAAUAUCGGUUAAUUAACUCACGGGGCUGGGCGCGAUAAAAGGGCGAACGUUAAACUGCGUGCGAUUUGUUGGAUUGCGUUGGGAAAGUUUCGCGGAACGAAUCAUACGUUGCUGAAGGAAGAGAAAAGUUCGUUACCUGCUCGGUAAGCUCUUGUUGAUCAGUGCGGAGGGAUAUUGAAAUCUUGCUGCCUGUCCAGGAUAUUGUGUGUGGGCACGAAGAAGGACCAAAGUGAAGAGUUUCAGCAAAAGGAUAAGCUGAAAUAAGGGUCCUAACCUCGGUUUGCUUUUCCUGUGUUUACAGUAAGGCUCGUUAAGGUGGAUGUGUUGGUUUCAUAAGCAGAAAAACCGGGACGAGCGGUCACAUUGGUCAUAUUUGAAUCUCAGGAAUGUGUUUUGAUAGAUUCGUUGAUUAAAGUUUCACGGUCCGAAAUUUAAAUCAAUAGUGAAUUAUAUUAUGAAAGAAUUAGUGAACACAAACAAGAAGCUUGAUAACCAGCAGCAGCACCGCGUUCUGGACCGGCGAGUGGAUCAGAAGUGCUGGUCAAUCGAACAGAAGGCAAACCCCGACGUUUUGAAGACUAAAACAACGCCCUUGGUUAAGGCGGAACUGCCGUUACAUUCAAUCGAAAACCGGGAUUUAACGACGGCCAACAUGAUGGAUCAAUCAACAUGUGAUAAGAGUAAAUGCGAAGCUAUGUCGAUAUCGCCUCCGCCUUCACGGGAGCAAGUGCGCAUCUGUUUGGUCGGUGCGGUUGCCAACGACAAGGCCGUCCUAGCCGCAGCCCAUUCGUUGAAGUUGCCACUCGUCCUGUCGGAAACUGGCACCGAGUACCUGACCGACACCAGCACGGUGACAUACUUCGUCCUAAAUCAAUUCGAUGGCCCCGUGUACGAUACAAUUUAUCGCUCCAAGCAUAGAAUACUGGGUCCACCAGCUCUGCAGCAGGCUGCACGAAGCGACGAUGGAAUCCCACACAACAACCGUCCAAUUUUCAACUAUUGCAUGCGGGGCGUCGUCACAUGUUUCACCGGGAUUCGCAAGAAAGACGAGCUGACUCUUCUCGUAGACCUCAUUCAUUCGAUGGGUGGAUCCAUCCGAAAAGACAUGAACACCAAGGUUACCCAUCUCAUUUGUAACACAACAGGUGGCGACAAGUACCAGUAUGCAAAAACCUUCCGGUUGGCAGUGGUCCGCCCGAGUUGGGUCGUGCAAGCGUGGCAAAACCGUCAUGAUCCGAACUUUGCGGCCAACAUGGAAGAAUUCACUAAAAGUCACCGCCUGAAAGCUUUCGAGGGACAGAAAAUUUGCUUUUUCGGGUUCCCACCGGAAGAGCACCAGCACAUGGUCGAUGUGCUAAAGAUGAACGGAGGCAUUCCAGCGGAUCUGGAGGACCCGGAGUGUUCACAUGUGGUCAUGUCUAAUACGGGGGAGCAUUUCGCCGACGCUUUGCCAAACGCAGCCUCGCCGAAAGAUAAGAACCGCUCAUCUUCGUCGUCCCCUGCGUCACCGGAAUCGCCAGGUGGAACAGAUAACAACACCGAACAGCAAACAAAUACCCCCCGCAUGGAGGGAAAAUUGGUCGAGAAGCAGGAAUCUUUCAUUAGGCGACUUAACGAGCGCCAGGCAGAGGAAGACGGGGUUCAGGAGCAGGCGGCUGGCACAUCGCGCCCCCUACCAGCCCUAGUAGAGGAAAGUGAAACCAGCGAUGUUGCUUGCAGCCGAGUAGAUCACAUGAGUAUGGCUGAGAAUGAAAACAAUUUGAAUAAGGAUUGCGAGGAACAGAAUCAGUUAAGUGUGUCUCCAAUUAGAUUCAUAGACGAGAAUGUUGAGCAUCCGGGUACACUGCAGUCAAGCUCGACUCCGGAAGGCUCGGGAAAGAUGGAUGGCGUUGUUUUGACUUGUAGCGAUGAGAAUGAAUUCCUCAAUCCUAAUAAUAUUUCACCCAUUUUGAAAGUCAACCGAGUCAGUGAUGAAUCUCUGCGAAAGAUAACUGAGGAAGAUGAGGACGAUGAAGACGACAUCGAUGACUACAUCAUCGCCAAUAAGGAUGCUCUCAAACGUAGACGACAGGAAGAUAGUUUCGAUGAUAUUUCCUUGAUUUCCACAGACUCAUUUGCGACCAGUGUUAUUUAUGGUUCGGCCAAGAAACCGAAACUGAUUCGUACUGGAUCCAUUACUAGAGGUCUCCGGCGAAGCAUGAGCUUUGCUGCAAUCAAAACUCCAAUUGCGUCAAUGCUUCGUUCUCGGAGAAAUUCGGUAGACCCGAAUUCUUCCAUCAGCUCUAUCGCGUCAAUCGAAACUACUUUCAAUGAAUCAAUCAAAAAACCAGUUAAGGAGAAGCUACGCAGCAUCCGCGAUAAGAUUACCAAAAGCAAUAAAAAAGAAACCCCGAAGUCAAUCAAAAACAAAGGUCUAAUCAGCUCAGCAAAUUUGGACAGCCUGAAAAAAGUUUGCAAAUUCAAAACUGACAAAACUAUGGUCAACACCCCAGAACAUUCUAAGAACCCCGACAAAGCUGAAGUCGAUUUCAAAACACCAAUUGCUCCACCUCCAUAUCCAAGUAAUUCAUCCUCAUCUAAAGCCAAAAAGAAGAAUAAUUUCUACCGACACUCAAUGAUUGCCAGCGCUUCUGGCAGCAGCUUGGUUCCUAUGGAUGUUCAACCGCUAACAUCUGUAAACCUUCCCGAAGAUUCGAAGGAAGAAGAAUUGGCCAAGACACUACCAGUAGUGAUUAAUGAAGAUUUGAAUGGCACUGUCGCGGCGAGCGAAGUGGUCAAUCUGGAUUUGGAUUCUUCCACAGCAGCAAUAACAACGGCACCACCUGUAACCACAACGGUUGUUGACGAACACAUAGUAUCCUCCAAGCCUGAACCUAAAAAUACUAAAACACAUAUCGUCAAAACCGACUGGUUCUGGUACACGAUACAAAAUGGAUACGCCGACGAAGGCGAAUACCUUUUUGGAGAUUAUCUAGAUAGUAUAGCAAACACCCCGGGAGUGGACCGCAGGGAUUCCCUUCCGAUCAGCUUCAAUAACAAGCGUAAGCGGAAACGGGAUAGGCGGACACCGGCCGGCGAAGGGACUCCUCUGGGCACCGGGAAGCGACGAUCUUCGGUGUCGGACGCCGGACUGCUGUCCGUGUCUGGUAGUUUUCUCGAUUGCACCACCAGCCCAGACAAACAUGAGGGCAGCAAAAAAGGUAUCCCGGAGGCGGAUGCCUCUAUUGAUCAACCGAUUAAAAGUCAAUCGAUGCGGCACAAUCACUUCAUGGAUUUCUUCCAUACGGAAUCCAACUAUGUUGGGAUAUUGGAUACGAUAGUUACUCUUUUCAAAGUACCUCUCGAGGAAAUGACCGAGAAUGAUCCGGAAAAUGCGCUACUCAACAGAUCGGAGCUGAAGUCAAUUUUCAGUAAUUUUCUACCAAUCCAUGACGUCCACAAGCUUAUGCUGGAUCAGCUAAAGGAGAUUCAUAACAAGUGGGCAGAGGAUCGGUUAAUCGGUCAGAUUAUCCUUGAUUAUCGGAACGAUCUGAUAAAGGCAUACCCUCCCUAUGUUAACUUCUUCGAGAAGAUGAAAGAAACGCUAUUGCAGUGCGAUGCAGGGAAUCCACGGUUUCACGCUUUUCUCAAAAUUAACCAGGCCAAGCCCGAGUGCGGUCGACAAACUUUACAGGACCUGAUGAUCCGACCAGUGCAGCGAUUACCCAGUAUUAGUCUAUUACUCAAUGACAUUUUAAAACACACCGCAAAAAGCAACCCGGAUCAUAAAAAGCUAGAUGAAGCCCUGAAAGCAAUCAAAGAAGUGAUGACCCACAUAAACGAAGACAAACGGAAAACGGAAGGACAGCUGGCGAUGUUUGACAUCUUCAACGACAUUGAUAAUUGUCCGCCCCAUCUAGUUUCAUCACAUCGGCAUUUUGUGUCGCGAUGUGAGGUCACGGAGUUGACCGACAGCCUCAGCGGCCGAGGGGACUCGUUGAUGCUGUUUCUGUUUAGCGACACGCUGGAAGUGUGCAAGAAACGGUCACGAGCCUUCAACAACACCAAAUCACCUAGUACAAAUGCUCUUAACUCGACUCGCUGCCAAACGACGAAACCCUACAAGCACGUGAAACUUAUGCCCCUGAGUUCGAUCCGCUUGGUGGUGAACAUUCAGGAUAGCCCCCGAGCGUUCGCACUGAACUGCAGGGCCACCGUCGAUAACAAGGACCGGCUACAUUCGUUCAGUAUCUGCGAUGAGGAGAAGGAUAAAAUUAUUUAUCUGAAAAGCUUGUGCAAGCAGCUGGCGGAGAACGCGUGCAAAGCGGACGCCGACAAAUUUAUGCUCAACUGCGAAUCGGAAGAGCUGGGCAUCGACGUGAGUGACAUCAACGUGGGAACGCUGUCGAAGGCGUUCAAGUUUGCCACCAGGACGAGAUUGAGGGUUGGCCGUGCUUUUUCAUUUAACAAAACCCCCUCGAAGCUGAAACGAGCAGUCUCGACGAUGAUGACUUCCCCGUUCGGUAGUACGCAAUCGCUGACCCCGGCCUCCCAGUUGGCGCAAAUGAAACUGGCAAGCUGUACGAACCUAAACGAAGUCGGUGGGGAAUCGUCCGAAACGGAUUCGAAAGCGUCCUCGUCGCCAUCGUCGGCGUCGGAAAUCCUGGUGGCACCAAUGUCCGUCCAACCGACCCGCAAAAACAAGAACCCACCGAUGUCGAUGGCAGCGCUUCGACGAUUCUGAUCCGAAAAAUCGGACGGACUUGGAGGAAGCAGAUGCGACGAAAGCAGGGUCUUAGCUAACUUGCUGUGGAGCGCCUCAUUAUGGGUACAAUGUUGUUGUUCCGGGUUCGUCUAUUGUGUAUGUUGUGAUUAUUUUACGUUUUUUUGGACAUCUGUCGUUUUUUGUAUUCUUGGGAGAAAUUCGGAAAGUACCAUCCGGCAGAUGAAAAGCAAAGUAUGGUUAUAAAAACAUUGUGCCAACAUCACACAAUCACCAAAAAACGUGGUCGAUUUUUUCCCCAAAGUGGAUUCCCAGAAUAAAAAGGAGUUUUUGUUUCAUUUCCCUUCUCCUUUCAGCUACUAAAUAAGUACGGAGAUGUAGGAAAGAUCUGCUACCAUGAGAAAUAUGUAUAUAAACAGAGAGUGCAGUUCCCAAAACCUCGAGGAUUUGCAAGAUAAUCAGCGAGGAAAGCUUGAAAAAAUGUGCUGUACAUAUUUUAUCCCCCGAUGGGAAUUGAACGAGUGGCUAAGUGGAGAGAAUGUGAGAUAGCGAGAUAGGAAAUAGAACGCAGGUUUAAUAGCAUAAAAGUUGGAUAGGAUUGCUUUUUGCUUAUAGGUGUAACUCUUUCUUUUAGUCCUUUAAUAUCUGUGUACGUCCUUCGUGUUCUAAGCUAGGCGAUUGUAUUAUGAUUAGUUUCCUUUUGUGCAACUGAGUCAGAGAAAAAAGACAGCCGAAAAUUGAAUAUGCUUCGCUUUCGCGGUCUGAGAAUUUAAAGGCGGAAUCAAAAACAAAAUAUUUGAUAAAUUAAAGGCUUAAAGGUUCAUAAAAUUGCUUGAAUGGCGAAUGUGUCGAAGCUUAGUGUGUUUUGUAUCCGUCACUAUGUUUGCAUUUGUUCUGAAAAUGUUUUGAUGCAAAUCGUUUGAUGAUGCGGACAUGUAAAACAAGCUGAAUGAUAAUACAGCAAGAUGAAAGGAUACUUGUAUCCUUUUAUUUAAAUCA